UCGCCAUCAAUUGCUGCCGAUGCUCGGUACUGCAAAAUAUACAACGGGAUGGACUUGCCGCUCCGGGACGCCCCGCAACGGUAGGCGCGGGAGCGAUGCGAGGUCGGCAUCUGCACGGUGAUAAGACGGUCGCUAUAAAAUACGUAAUACAGCGAUCCUUCAUGGCGAUAUUCAUAUGCAGGACCCCUCCAUUGCUUCUGUCAGAUCCUUUUGACUUUUGACAAGUUCACCAUGUUGUGGCAUUGGGCGACCGUUCUAGCGCUAUCCGUUCCUGCGUUGUCACAUUCAUCUCACCAUACUCAUGAGGAGGAACCACUGGCACAAGAACGACUGCUCGAACUAGAGAAGAAAUGGGGCACGGAUUGGGGCUUCAGUGGCAUCUCAACUUUUGCUCACCUCCCACACAUGCGCUGCUUGACCCAUCCCCAGGCCAACUAUGACAUUGCCAUUCUUGGGGCGCCUUUCGAUACAGCCGUCUCCUACAGGCCAGGCGCGAGAUUCGGGCCUCGAGCCAUCCGCGCUGGCUCCUCUCGUCAAACCUCCUUUCGCGGCUUCAACCCACGCGCAAACCUCAAUCCAUACACAUCAUGGGCGACACUUGUAGAUUGCGGAGAUAUACCAAUCACGCCGUUCGAUAACAACUUAGCUUUAAGACAGAUGAGCGAAGCAUUCUUGGAACUUGGCAAGAGAGGGCCAACUCAGAAGAGUACAGAAAGUGGUGUGCAGUACUUCAAGAGACCCAAGUUACUCACGUUGGGCGGAGACCAUAGCAUUGCGCUUCCGGCGCUGAGAGCACUGAAUGAGGUGUAUGGUCAGCCGAUCACAGUCGUCCAUUUCGACGCGCAUCUGGAUACUUGGCAUCCGGCGAAGUAUCCUUCUGCAUGGAUGGAUCCCGAUGAUCCGUCGCCACAGUCGUUCUUCAACCAUGGCAGCAUGUUUUGGAUUGCGGCAACUGAGGGUCUAAUCGCAAAUGGAAGCUCAGUACACGCUGGACUGAGAACCAGGUUGUCGGGCGAUGGCACAGACGACUAUGACGACGACACGCAGCAGGGCUGGAUGCGCAUUGCAACAGAUGACAUCGAUGAUAUAGGUGCGAAAGGGAUUAUUGAAUCUAUCAUGAAACGUGUUGGUACUGAGAAACCCGUCUAUCUCAGCAUUGACAUCGACGUCAUUGAUCCUGGCCUUGCACCAGGCACUGGUACACCGGAGCCGGGAGGCUGGACAACCAGAGAGUUGAUCAGGAUCUUGAGGGGUAUUGAAGGCUUGAAUGUCGUUGGCGCAGAUGUUGUAGAGGUCAGUCCGGCGUAUGACGGUGCCGCGGAGACCACGGCCAUGGCCGCAGCACAAGUUGCUUACGAGAUCCUAACAAGUAUUGUGCGAAAGGGGUUGGUCGAGCAAGCGAGGACUGGAGGGCAGCAAGACGAUGUUAAGGAUGAAUUGUAGAUAUGAUCAGAAGGUCUGGCCGAUAUUGUUCAAGACUUCCAAAAAGAGAAAGAACCUGCACAAAGCAAAACUUAGCCUACAUGCAGGGAAGAUAAGGAUGGACUGGUGAUAUAUCUGGACACAAACAACACUAUGAAUCUAUGAAAUAUCGAGACAGGAUGAAAGUCAAGAUGUCGC